AUGUUAAAAGUGACAGGUGGAAUCCUUCUUGGGUCUGGACUGAUUCCCAAGUACCCCAGAGAUCGAAGAUUAUAUAAACUGGGAUUAAAGGGGUUCUAUGUCAAAGAUGACAAUUAUAGUACAGGAGCAUCCGAGGAAGAAAACGAUCAUCCCAAUACAACAUUAAAGGCGAGCACGAAUCAUGCAUUGGAAGAAGAAGCUGAACUAGACUCGGAGGCUGAGCUUAUGAAGAGUCUGGGGUUGCCUCUUCAGUUUGGUGGGCAGUCAACUCGCAGAGAUUUUGUGGCAAUAGACAAUUGUAAAAAGAGAAAUAACGUGAAGAUCAUGAAAAAGAAGAAGAAAAAGAAAAAAGAGUUGCAGCAAAAGCACAGUAACCAAUCCAUUUCUGAUGAGCCAGCCCUAGCUUCAGAGCAAAGUGAAGAGGGGAAUAAAAUUCAGGUUAUAAAUGAAGGGAACUGUGAAAGUCCAGAAAUUCUUAUUCAUGAUGCCUUCCAGGGUGAGCUUAAAGAAAAAUGGGAGAAAUACUGGAGUGAGUAUGGAGAGGGCCUUCUUUGGCAGAGCUGGCUGGAGAAGCAUGAAGAGUUGUCUGAGGCCACAGCAAACUCUGAGCCUUGGAACAGUCCUGAUACCCAGGAAGAGUGGGAGCAGCAUUACAGGGAACUGUACUGGUAUUAUUGGGGGCAAUUUCAGUACUGGACAAGUCAAGGAUGGACUACAGAGAGCUCAUGCAACAACGGUGUGGAGGUUAAUGGUGUAACCCAGGACACUGAUCCUUCGGGAAAAAUGGACUUUGUUAGCCCAGAUGCUGAGUGUAAAGUGUUGAACCUGGAGCUGUCUCCGCCUAACAUCAGAAGUGAGGAAGCACCUGCUUCAAGUGCUGAGCCCCACAGCGAAAUUAUCUCUGGGAUCUCUAACAUAAAUCUGAACUCGGAGGAAGUGGAGCAGAGCAGGGCAGCUCCAGCAGUUUGCUGUGAUGAUCCUCAAAAGCAUUGUUCAUCUGACAGUGAAAACCAGGGUUCUUCUGUUUCAAGCCAAAAGGAGCCAUGCGAUGGAGGAACCAGGAAAAGGAGGGCCUCCAAUGACAAUACAAUUAUUAACCAAUCAGGUAAUACAGAAUCAGGUUCAUAUCAAUCAAACUUGAAGGACAAAGAGCAAUUGCCGCUUGGUGACAAGAAUGAAGAUGAAGAGGAAGAGCCUCCUGAAAACAGACAUACCAAGCUCAAGAGAGGUCAUGAGCUGGAUGUGGAUGAGAAUCCGAUGGAAGAUCCUGAGGAAACCUGUUCUAUUUUGGGCUUCAAGUGUGGCACAGGACAAAAGUAUGGUGGAAUUCCAGAUUUCACCCACCGAAGCGUGGAGUACCUGGAGAAAAAUGUAAAACUCAAGUCCAGAUUUUUGGACAUGCGUAAACCAAGAAAAAGCAAAAACACCCACAUCUUCUUUCCAGAAGAACCUGAAAAAACAUCUUGUCAAAAAAGUAAAACUUUGAAAAAGGUAGAGCUGUUCCUAAAGCAAGUUGUUAAACCUCUGGAGGAAGUUGCAUCCCAGAAGGCCAUCCCUCAGGAUAAAGUAGACAAAUCUUCUACAGACAGCAGCUCAGAGGAUCAGGAAAGUGUUACUGCACAGAACGUGAAAUUGAAUGCUGAAGAACACCAACCGCAGUCUUCCACUGUGGUUACUUGUGAACUUGGAAUGAAUAACCUCAAAGAGGAAACAAAAGAAAUCCCGGCCAAUGGCACUGAUUCCCAGGAUGUGGAAAGGGAGACUUGUGAUUCUGGAAGGCAGUUGGUCUCUCUGGAUAUUCCAGAUUAUCUUCGGGUGGAAACAGAAGAUGUAAGCCAAGUUGUAGGUGAAACAAAGACUGCAGAGAAGCAGCAGAAAAAAAGGAGGAGAAGGAAAAGAAUCACAGAGGGAGAGAUUCCUGCUCAGCUUGCUGCUGAUCCCGAGUUGGCCAAGUACUGGGCACAACGUUACAGGCUGUUCUCACGGUUUGAUGAGGGAAUUAAAUUAGAUAGAGAGGGCUGGUUUUCUGUUACUCCUGAGAAAAUAGCUGAACACAUUGCAGUGCGUGUCAGUCAGUCAUUCGACUGCAACAUUAUAGUGGAUGCAUUUUGUGGAGUUGGAGGAAAUGCUAUUCAAUUUGCUUUGACCUCAAAAAGGGUGAUCGCCAUUGAUAUCGAUCCUGAGAAACUCACCCUUGCACGGAACAACGCCCAAGUGUAUGGUGUGGCAGAGCACAUCGAGUUCAUCUGUGGGGACUUCAUGGUGCUGGCUGCCCAGCUCAAAGCAGAUGUCGUGUUUCUGAGCCCUCCGUGGGGAGGGCCCGACUAUGCCACUGCUGAAGUCUUUGAUAUUCAAACUAUGAUUUGUCCCGAUGGAUUUGAAAUUUUCAGGCUCUCCAAGAUGAUCACGAACAACAUUGUGUAUUUCCUGCCUCGGAACGCAGACAUCGACCAGGUUGCUUCCUUAGCAGGGCCAGGAGGGAAAGUUGAAAUAGAACAGAAUUUUCUCAAUAACAAACUGAAGACAAUAACUGCUUAUUUUGGUGAUCUAAUAAGACAUGAUGUCUCUUGA